CGAAACUAGUUGUCGAAUUCCGCCCACCAACCCGAAGAAUAAAUCGAUAACGGAGACUGCACUAGAGAUUGGCGGCGAGCGGUUGAAUGGUAGCUGCAUCGCAGUGAUGGCUUCAGACGACGUGUUGGACUCGCUGUUAAGGCGGUGAAACCCUAAUUCCUUCCGAGCUGACGCCGAGCACUUUUGGCAUAUUUUCACGACGAAAACGAGGCGCACGGGAGAGUCAACUGGCAAGCACCACCGAAAAGAGAUGGCGACGACGGAGGAAGAGGAGGAGGAUGAAGUGGACCCCACUCUCAGCGGAAACAUUCGCGGAUUGGUGCCGAAUCCGACAUGUGUCGCAGCAUAAUCAUGCCUAUGCGUUGGUCUCCACGGUGGUAUCUGUCUGAUUCACAUUCGUUUGUAUUGUUAUCUUCGUCUUCUUUUUGUUUUUUGUUUUCCUGUUUCUUUCUUUUGAACAUCUAUGUGCCAGUAGCAUUGCACUGUGGAUGGCAGUUGCUAGCCUGUAAAAUUGCCUAGAAAAUCUGGAUGUCACCGCACCUGAUGCUUUAUCUGGAGUCCAGUUCUGCUCGUGCUCGGUGGCCAAGCAACAGAAGGACCCGGUCCCAUGGAUGGAAAAUUUCGCCAAAUUUAGCCGUGAUUGGAUCGGGAACCAUCAACCUGAUCUUUGACAAGCUCACCCUCAUCUGGCGGAAUUCGCAAGAGGUUACAGUGAGGAGGAAGGAUAAGUAACAUUACAUAGAUGUGCCCAAUUUCUCGUGGGUCGAAUGGGGGAGUUUAUUUGUGGUGUCUGAUGUCUGGCGGAGAUGACCACGUGGUGGCAGACGCGACGAAUUAGGGAGCGGAUUCGGCUGAGGAUUGCAUCGGAGGGAUUAUCUGAGUGUGAUCCCUAAGUUUCAGAGCGAUGCCGCGGUGUUAAGAGUCUGGAGAGAGGGUGGCGUGCCUUGCACUUGGUCAAUUCCUUCUGGAGGGUAUCUUUCCGAGGAAUAUGAAACAGAACACGGGUUUUGUCCGUUAGUUGAUUUGAAUCCGGAUGGAUUGUGGCAGAGGAUGUACAGUGAGUAGGCCCAGGUAGAGAGGUCGGGAGAAAAGUUCUUACUUAUUGCUUCGAUGAACCGAACUCUCUUUGAACCCAGAGAGGCGUCUGUGACGAGACUUGACGGCAAAGUCAAAUCGUCAAAGCCUCUGGGACCAAGGAGAGCUCCUUGGCUAUGGUGAGUGCCCACUUCGUCUGCCGAUGGGGAUGAAGGGGGAGGAGGUUGUCAACGAGGAGCUUCUUUAACCUCGUUCGAACACCUGGUACCUGCCGGCUACUUAAAUGUGCUCGUGCACGACAUACUGUUUGUAGACAACGACUUUCAGGGGGCGGCAAGGAUGAUGGCGGAAGCGAUUGUGGAUGGAGAUGGUGAUGACGUUCCAAUAGAGGCAUUCAUGUUGUGAUUGAUUGUUCACAGACUCAGGGAAGCGUUUGGUUGUUGGCACGCCAGGGUUUAGGGCUAUGGAAGAUGGCGAUGAUGGGGCGGGGGUUGGGGAGGAGAGUGAGAAAAAGAUUUGUUGUGUAGCACCCCUGUGAUGUUGGUGUUUGGGACGUUCCUGAGAGUUUCAAUGCAACGUUCUUGUGAUCGCGUGAAUGGAUAGGUUCCGAGAACUUAGAAUCAUGCUGAGGUUUUGCGAGGAGCGGUGUCGAUCAGGGUUUAGUGUGGCAUGAGGCGUUGCAGCCGACAACGGAGGUCUUGGUUUCCAUGAUGGCGAAGCAUCGGGAGAAAGUGACGAUUACGGAGCCGGUUCAAGGUACGACUGCAUCGGGGAAAUUAAACUUCGGUACCAAAGCUUUCCAUCACAGAUUGCCAUUUUUCACGGGGCACAAGACGAAGACUAUUUCGCUAGGGGUUCAUUUCACCGGACCGGAGAAUCAGGAUGAGGCGGAGUUGGAGAAAACUGCGCAGAAGGCCAAGUUUAGGUCGCUAGAGAGCAGUCCUGAGAAAGAUAGCCCGCCCACCAGGUCCAAGAUCGACAGCGGCAGUACAGGUAGCGCCAGCCACAACUGGUUGAGGAAACAGAAAAGCAUUGGUCCAAAUAUGCAGAGGAAUAAUACCAUGGAACUCCAACCAACAUCCAAAAGCAAGAAGGUCAAGUUCCCCGCCAUGAAAAAAUCCGCGUCGUGGGCACACUUCGUUGAAGUCUCUCAAGCGGAAGCACCGCAUCUGGAGAUGGAGGUGCCAGAGCAAUACGUCUGCGACAUGUCAGCACUCUUCCUGGGGCAGAGGUUUGCGUCCGGCAAUCACAGCCGACUCUAUCAAGGUGUCUAUAGGGACCAAGACGUUGCUGUGAAGCUCCUCAGGCUCGACAGUUGUGAAGAUGCUGCAACUGCCGCCAGGUUGGAGCGCCAGUUCAUGCAAGAGGUUCAUUGUCUCUCCCAGCUCCGUCACCCUAACAUUGUAGAGUUCGUAGCCGCCUCAUGGAAACCCCCAGCGUGCUGUGUCAUCAUGGAGUACGUCCCCGGCGGCUCCCUGAGAGCAUUUCUUCACAAACAUGAAUCAGGAUCAAUGGCGUUAAAGACGAUUCUGUCGAUGGCAUUGGACGUUGCGCUAGGGAUGGAGUAUUUGCAUUCUCAAGGUGUCGUCCACCGUGACCUUAAGUCGGAGAACCUCGUUCUCACCGAGGAUCUCCACCUCAAAUUGACAGACUUCGGGGUCGGUUGUUUAGAAACGGAAUGCGAUCUCCGGAUUGCUGACACGGGCACGUAUCGCUGGAUGGCUCCCGAAAUGAUUAGCCACAAGCACUACUCGAAGAAGGUGGAUGUCUACAGCUUCGGGAUAGUCUUGUGGGAGCUCGUUACGGGGCUGGUGCCGUUCCAGGAUAUGACUCCCGUGCAGGUAGCGUAUGCGGUGGUGAACAAGAAUCUAAGACCGCCAAUUCCUGAAGAUUGUCCCGCGGAGUUAGCGGAUUUGAUGGAGCAGUGCUGGAAGGACAACCCAGAGCGACGUCCCAAUUUCUACCAGAUUGUACUAAUUCUUGAAGACAUGGAGAAUUCAUUAUCUGGCCCUGGCGUCUGCGUUACUCCAGCUCAUCACCUCUUGACGAGACAAACAGUUGGGUUCUAGUAUCCUUGUGCAGGAUUACUCUGGAGAUAAUUUCUUUCUUAGUUUUCAGACCGUACUUCCAUUCUUUGUAAUAAUAUCUCACACUCGAAACCUUAACGAAACAAAAAAAAUAAAAAUAAAAAAUCAUGUGAGUUUUCGAAGGAAAUUGAGCUUCAUUCAAUCCU